UCAGGUCUUCCUUCCCCGCUGCAUGUGGCCUCUGUGCUCCUGCCCACCCCUGAACUUUCCAAAUCUCUUUUCCUCCCCUUUCUUCACGCCCAGAUAGAAAAAACUCCCAUUCAUUCCUCGUGAUUCGUGCUGUUUAUUGACUCUGAUUCCUUUAUGGUUUAGCAUUUCCAACGAAUUUUUUGUCUGAAUUCAGGAUGGUAAUUUGAUAGGAGAUUGUUUGACUUGGAGACUGUCUGUGUGGAUUGUUGGUAGAAGUGAAGAUGGUUUCUGAAUCAUGGUUUCGGAGUUUGUGGAAACCAUCAAAAAAGCACGGGGUUGGUCAAGAAAAGGCUAUAAUAGGAGUGUUGGCAUUUGAAGUUGCAAGUUUGAUGUCUAAACUUGUUCAUCUGUGGCAGUCUCUUAGUGAUAAGCAGGUUGCUAAGUUGAGGGAAGAAAUUAUGAAUUCAACGGGUAUCAGGAAGCUUGUAUCGGAUGAUGACGAUUACAUUGCGAGGUUGGUAUGGACAGAGAUGAUGGAGAAUUUGGCACAUGUGGCAAGAGCAGUUGGUCGGCUAUCCAAGAAAUGCAGUGAUCCUUUGUUAAAAAGUUUCGAGCAGGCCUUUAGUGAUCUGGUCGACUGUGGUUCUGACUCUUAUGGGUGGUUACUCACCUCGAAAAAGAUGGAUAGGAAAAUGAGGAAGAUGGAACGAUUCAUUAUGGUUAAUGCAAAUUUAUAUCAAGAAAUGGAAGCACUUGCUGAUCUUGAACAGACUUUGAGGAGAAUGAAGAGUAAUGAUGAUGCGGAUAGCAUUAGUUUGGUUGAGUAUGAGAAAAGGGUUGCUUGGAAGCAGCAGGAGGUAAGGCAUCUAAAGCAGUUGUCUGUUUGGAACAGGACGUAUGAUUACACAAUUCUACUUUUGGCAAGAUCUGUGUUUACAAUAUGUAGUAGGAUAGCGCAUGUGUUUGGACUUAGUAAUGUGGUUGAUGUGGCAGCCAAACAGUCCAAGAACCUUGAUUCUGAUCAUAUUCAUCGCAGCCGCUCAGUAGUUUUUAUGCAGUCAUCAGUGCACCCAUCGGAAAAUAACAUUUACAGGUUUGCCUCUGGACCGUUGAACAGGGUAACUAGGAAAUCUGGCCCAGUGUCGAGAACAAAUAAAGUAAGCAUAUCUGGCCUUCUUGGAAAAUCACUUGCAUCGUCAAGCCCUGAUUCUGCGAAACAUAAUGCAAUCAGCUCACAUUCAGCUCCUCUUGGGAGGUCGUCAACAAAGUCUGGCCCACUUGAGAAAGCAAACAAAUCUGUCCUCAAAUUCUUUCAAUUUCGUAAUCAAUCAUCACAUUCUCAGGGUAAAAGCCCAAAUUCAAAGCCCAAUCAGUUGAUUACCAUGGGACCCUUAGGUGGCUGCAUGAUGGGAGGUAAUACCUCUCCCGUGAAAAAUUGCCAUUUGGAUGCAAAUCUAGAGGGAAUCACAGAUGAAAAUAUUGCGCAACAUGCUCAGAACAACUUGGUUCCUGGUAAGUUGUCAAUCUUCAGUUCCAAAAACAAGCUGUUGACUGCUCCUCCUGAAACUCUUGGUGCUGCAGCAUUGGGAUUGCACUAUGCAAAUAUUAUCAUUGUGAUUGAAAAGCUUGUUGUAUCACCUCACCUGAUUGGUCAUGAUGCAAGAGAUGACCUGUACAACAUGUUGCCUGCCAGCAUCAGAUCAGCCCUUAGGUCAAAACUAAAGCCAUAUUCCAAAAGCUUGAAUUCAUCCAUUUAUGAUACAGUUCUUGCAGGAGAAUGGAAUGAGGCAAUGACCGGAAUUUUAGAGUGGUUAGCUCCACUUGCUCAUAACACAAUUAGAUGGCAGACUGAGCGAAGCUUUGAGCACCAGAAUUUAGUUUCCAGAACAAAUGUGGUUCUCGUACAAACCCUUUAUUUCGCUAAUCAGGAAAAGACAGAAGCAACAAUUGCAGAGCUUCUUGUUGGUCUCAACUAUGUCUGGAGAUUUGGUAGAGAACUCAAUGCAAAAGCUCUAAUGGAAUGCACUAGUGGCACAACUUUUGAUGAUUAUUUGGAGGUUUAGCACUUCAGCCAUUUGUCAAGCUACUGGAAGCAGCUAGUGGUUGAAAAGCUUAGAGCAAUGAUCAGCCAACUUCUGGUUAAGAUACAAUGGACCCACUUCAGCGUUCUGAUGAAUAGUUGAUGAUUAACUUGACAAUUUUUCUUAACGCAAGGAUCCUGUGACCUGGCUGGCAUCCUGUAUUGUUAGGAUGUGCUUCUUUUUGGUAAUGAGAAUAUGAGACCGUAAUUCCUAUCUGGAAUAUUUGCCAAGAGGUCAUCCUUCCUGUGGUGCAGUCUGAUUUACUCGUCGCAAAACUCAGCUGGCUGUUGAGUGGUGCCCUCCAUUUAGGUUGUCUCACUUUGGCUCUGGUUUGGAUACUCAAAAUCCACGUUAUAUUAAGCGUAGUACCUGGUAGAAAUAUAGUUGUUAGCUUCUGCUUUCAUAUUUAUGUUGUAAAUUCAUUUUAAAAGGGCUUUUCACCAAGUAUACAGACAGUGGAAGACAAGAAGUUCUCCGUUCAUUCUGCUGCUUAAAAUCUAAACCAGACAUGGCAGGAAAGAAAUUAUCUUUGCUCAUGUUGUAGGAAGUGUGAGUCUAGUAAUCCAACCAUUAUCGCUCGAUUUCCUUUUAUUGGGUUGGUUCCCAGCCCCUUUUCUUCUUUGUACAAGCUGUUGGACUUUCACUUGUAUCAUAUUUGUUCGAGAAGAUGUGGUUUGCAGAAGUAUGCAACGCAUAAUGCAUUAUCAAGGCAGUAAGAAUUUAA